AUGGAGGAAAUCUCCCCAGUCCUUCAGACCCAUGACGAUGAAGAAGUGGAUCAGGUGUUUAUCGACUCCUUGCGUUCCCAUCUCACGCACUGUCUCAUCCCCAGCCCCGACGACCUCGUCCACCUAGCCGCCAUCGUCGCCUGCUUCUCGCCUUCGUUCUGUCCCGAAUCCCUAGUGGAAAAGGCCGUCAAUCUUUUUACUACCUUGCCAGCUUCGAAUCCUAUCAUCUCCCGGCUCCAAGCUAUCCGAUCCCGCCUCUCGGCCAGCGGCAUCCGCACAUCCUUCCGCCGCUCUUCUUCCGCUUCCACCUCUUCGGCAAGCUCUUACUCCUCUUACAGCUCAACCACCUCGUCGCCAGUAAGCGCCAUCAACGCUGUGCUAUUCAGACAGCCGUCGAUCGCCGACCUGGAAGAGGAGAAGAGGCGCUCGGGCCCCGAGCUCAGCAUACUUGAGCCCCGACCCAUCGUCUACUGGGGCGGCGUCGAAGAGCGGAUAGGGAUUUUUUAAACAAAGACCUGCUAGACCUACGGGUCUGGGUCGGCUUUGUUCCUUUUUUCGGUCCUACGUGGCGCUGGCGGGCUCUGGAUCCAAUGGCCAUCGUGCCAUCACUGUGGCUUCGGAGGCCCUGACACAGACUCACCCACCCACUCACUCACCCGCUCACUCACUCACACACACACACACUCCCCCUCACGGGCCUGGAAGCUGGAAGGUGGCGCGCAAUGAUAGAUAUUUGGAAGAGGGAC